CAAGCGAGCGGAGCCUCACAGCUACGCUGGAUUUGAAUGUGUAGUGUACAGACAUAAAAACUAAAAUGUCAAAAUCCAUCAAAGAGUUCAGUCUUCACUACGACCCGAUUAAUGAAAGCAAUACUUUUACUAGUGGGGAUACUGUAGAGGGGCGAGUUGUUUUGGAGGUAACCAAAGAAAUAAAGGUGGACAGCUUUUUUGUGAAGCUGACCGGGGACGCAAAUGUGAGCUGGACUGAAGGAUCAGGUGACGACGAAACAACCUAUAGCGACCAUGAGAGAUACUUCAAACUAAAGCAAUACUUCAUUCAAGAGUGCUCAAAGAAAGGUGAAAGUGAAAAGAAUACAACUCUUGUAGAUGGAGAGACUUAUGGACCAGUGAUUAGGCCAGGAAGUCAUGUUUUUCCAUUCAGAUUUCAGCUGCCUCAACAAAAUAUGCCUCCAUCUUUUAAAGGAUUUCAUGGCUGGGUUAAGUAUGUCUUGACAGUAAAACUGAGCAGGCCUUGGAAGUCAACAUCUUCUACACAUACAGAAUUAAACUUUGUGCUGAGAAAUGAUGGGAGCAAUGAUCAUUUACUGCAACCACAAUCUGGCACACAAGACAAGAAGAUUAAACUUUUUGGCUCAGGAAAAAUGUCAAUGAAUGUAAAAGCUGAAAAAACUGGCUAUAUGCAAGGUGAAACAAUCAGAGUUUUUGUUGACAUUGACAACUCUUCAUCUCGUGACGUCAAGCUAAAGUACGGCCUCAAGCAGCAACAGACGUUCAUCGCUGGCAAGAGCACUAAUAGAGCAUAUAAGGAUAUAGUCAAAGAGACUAGAGAUCACAUCCCUUCUGGAGAAAAGUCAAAAUUCAUAGUGGACAUGACCCUUCCACGUGACCUGACGGUCACCAUUGAAAACUGCAGAAUUCUAAAAGUGCAGUAUGAACUCAAGGUGUAUCUGGAUGUGUCUUUUGCAUCAGAUCCAGAAGUCAAAUUUCCUGUGGUCAUUCUUCCAGCUAAACAACAGUGUCCUCCAUGGCAAGGCCCACCUAGAGGAUUCCAGCCAUAUCCACCACCUCAGCCUAACCUUGUGCCUAUUCCUGGUGAACUACCUCCUCCACCUGCAGGACUUUACCCCAAUCUGUACGACCCUACAGUGCUGCCCUAUCCAGGAGCUGCUGCAGGGGUCUAUCCAAAUCCACAUGCCAUCCAGCCUGGUUUCCAUCCGGCUCCUUCUGCACCAGUUUAUGAUCCAAAUCAAAGCACUAAAGAAUCCUCUCCUAAUGUGCCUUAUUAGUCUCCUUCACCAGCCAAACAACUUUGUCUGCAUGCCUUCUAUCUACAAGCUCAGUGCCUAUUAUUGUGCCUUUUAAGCUUAGCACUUUUUUCAUUAUACAGGAAAUGUAUAUAAACCUUAUGUAGCCCCACCCCUUUUCAGCACUGCACUCAUUGUCUUGUUUUCAGUUUAUAUUUUCACAACAUGGAGGUAAGAUGUUAUGGAUUUUUGUAUGAACUGGUUGUUUUAAAAUCUUCCCGGUCUUCCCGGACAUUUGUUUUGACAUCGAUUUCAAAGAUUUUAGUGCUUAUGAUAACUUUUGUUAACACUACAGUAAGUACUGUAAGUCCACUUCACCUGCUAAAACUCUUCGACAGCAAUGUUGUAGAUAUAUGCAGAGCUACUGCAAAACAAGUUCAAAAUAACAUUCUAAAGAUGACUCUUUGCUUGUUUCUGUGGAGCAUAAGGUCUACAAGCAGCAGUUCUUGAUGGUAAAAAAGCCCUUUAUCUCUAACCACUCCUACUGAAACAUAUUUUGCUGAUAGUACUGCAGUCAGGCACGUGCACAGGUAGGGCUCAACCUGUGCAGAGCACAUGCCCUUUUUGCCCUUA